CCUCACGGCUACUUCCCCAGCCAACACGCGCGCCGGCGUCGUCAGCCAAACACCCGCCUCUGGUGCCUCUGCCUCCCCGCGACCCCAGGGCGAGGCAAUCAGCCAUAACCUUAGCCAGGUCAGCCACGGGCCUUGGCCUGGCCAAAAAGCACACCCCUCGCUCGCCCAUUGCCCACUCAGCAGCGGCGCAAAAGCACUUACAUACACUACCCUCUUUCCCGAUCCAUCCAUCCGCCAUUCCCGUCUCCUCCUCUUGUCAGAUUCUUUGCUUACCCUGCCUGCCCUCUCCCGUCUCUCAAGCCAUGUAUGUCAGAUUUCCCGCGCCUGCUGCUGCUGCUGCUGCUGCUGCUGCUGCUGCUAGCUGCUGCCACCACUGCCACCAACACCGAUCGUCAGGUCGGAGGCGUCUUCAAUCUAGAUCAUUCAUGGAUAGGGCUCCGGAAGUCGGAGCGGAGACCGGAGCGGAGGUCGGGGCGGGUGCGGUGGGGAGCGAGUUGAUUGGUGGGUAGGACGGGUGGGCUGCGUGGAUUUUGGUGGAGGCGUACGGCGGGCGAGGUUAGGUAAGUUUGGCUAGCCGAGUUGGGUAGUCGGUAGGGAAGGUGUCGAAGGAUCGGAGCGGGGAAGGACGGCGCGAUGCCUUGUCUUUUUCAUGCUUGUAAGGCAGGUAGGUUUGCUUGUAGCUAUGCGUGUGUGCAUGUAUGUCUACGUCAGGAUACGGGGUUCUUUGUCCGGCUGGAGGCGGAGAGCGUUGCACUCGUCGAUCAAACAGCCAAGCCGUUGGCUUGUACUUUUAUCUCUCUCCACCAUCACCACCAC